UCUAGUGCUCUUGGCAGUUCCUGUUAUGUUCGAGUCUAGAAGUCACAGUUUGUUCUUUCUUUUCGGGAACCAUCGACCGGUUUAUUGGUUUAUUAUUGACGUGACUGAUACACAGGCUGCUGAAUGGAUAAAUAAAAUGAAUGGAUCUGAACAUGAUGAAGUAUUGGAAGUAGAACCAGAAGCUCGGCCAGAAAGGCUUGGACUCGGAGCAAAGGUUCCGCGCCAAUCGAAAGUUGGACUCUCUAAUGACCCGGUUGCGAGAAAACUAUCUUCCAAGUGGGGUGCUGGAAAAAGAAAAGCGUCCAAGAACAAGAACUCCACUACCCCUUCUUGUAAAGAUCUGGUUGAAGAAGAUGACGGUGACGAGGAUUUAGAUAGCCGAAGCAGUGCAUUUUCUAGGAAGAGAGCCGGUCCUCCGACUUCACAAUUACAGGACCAUGCUUUCCCAUGGCAUUUGACAGCAUUUUAG